AUGGAGGCCCACGAUUACAACGAAGAGGAGCGGCGGCAGCUUGAGGCCGAGCUGCAUACUGAGAUUCUUCCCGGUACAGAAGUCAUGGCUGAUGUGGGCUCACAUCAUUUCGUGAAAGGUGCACAUCAAACCGUCCUCGUACCGCAACCUAGCGAUGACCCCAAUGAUCCUCUCAACUGGAGCACUGGCUGGAAACUGGCUUGCAUCAGCUCGGCAGCCAUGGUCACAUUUAGCCAGGGUUUCGGCCCUCUCGCUCUUUCGCCCAUGUUUCCCGCCUAUAUCAAACAGUUCAAUACCGACUUGGCUGGUGCAGUCCAGUUUACUGGUGUUUGCAUCUUGGUACUUGGGUUUAGUAACUUUAUCUGGGUUCCGAUUAGUACCUCCUUUGGCCGACGUCCGGUAUACCUCGCAUCCCAGAUCAUCAACUUGGGUACAUCGAUAUGGCGCGCUCGCUCAAACUCGUACGGGUCCUUCAUGGGCGCGUGCAUUGUCAACGGUAUUGGUGCCGGUCCUGCAGAAACCAUUAUGCCCGAAGUCAUCGCCGACAUCUUCUUCCUGCAUGACCGUGGCAAGUGGAAUACUCUCUACUGGGUAGUCUACAUGGGAUCACUUAUGGUAGGCCCUAUCGUCUCUGGCUCCAUGACCGAGACGGUUGGAUGGCGCAGCUUUUGGUGGCUCAACACUGGUCUCUUGGCAGUGUCCUUCCUCAUGGUCGUCUUCAUGUUUCCCGAGACACGCUACAGGCGCGCAUUGCCAGAUGUCGGUCGCCCACAGGAAAAGUCAAACUCUCUUGAUAAAAAGACUCGCGAAUCAUCGGCGGAAAACGUCCAAAUCUCGGAUACCGAAAAGGAAACCGAUGGCAUCAAGCAUGUUCCUACAGCCGAUUCGACACUUCCCAACACGACCGGUCUUGAAUUGUCGGAAACUGCACAACGCGAUCCCUACCUCGGCCGCGGCUCGCCUGGAAAAUGGCAGUGGCUUCCCUUUCAGCCAAACAAGAAUCCUUUCCACAGCAUCUUUCUCGAUCUCUGGACGCCAUGGAAACUAUUUGCAUUCCCAAUUAUCGAAUUUGCAGCCUUUGUCACUAGCUGGUCCUGUUCUUCCUUCCUCACAAUCAACCUGACACAAACUCAAGUUCUCGCCCCACCGCCCUACGGCUUCAAGCCCCUCUCCGUCGGCUUCACAAACUUUGCCAUCUUGGUCGGUGCCUUUAUUGGUCUUUUCACCGCUGGUCCGCUCAGUGACUGGGUAUCUGCGAAAUUGACAAAGCGCAACGGUGGCAUCCGAGAGCCUGAGAUGCGAUUGCCUGCCAUGAUUCCCUACGUCAUCAUCAUGUUCAUCGGAAACAUUUGCGUGGCGGUGGGCUACCAGAACAAGUGGGCGUGGGAGGCUAUCGUCAUCGUGGGAUUUACAUGCGCGGGUAUUCAAGUUGCUGCACUUCCCGCCAUGGUUGGUACCUAUGCUGUAGACUCGUACAAGCCCGUCGCUGGAUCCUUGUACGUUGCCAUUACCGUCAACAAGAAUCUUUGGGGUUAUGGCUUGGGUAAAUUUAUCACGCCGUGGACAGAGGAAGCCGGGUAA